AUAUCAGUAUUCAUUUAUCGUUUGCAUAAUUUGGAGAUGAAAUUUAAUCAGAUAAUUAGCUUAAUGACGUACAGGAAUCUUACUAUCCACAAGGUUUGACAAGAGGGUCCAAGCAUUUUCGACCGUUAAAUGUAGGAGUUUCAUGCCACUGAUCUGGUCCCCAAUAAAGUUAGUUACUUUGCCACAGCUCAACAGCAAUAUGAUCAACUUUUCUAUUUCAUACUUUUUUGUUUUUAAUGGGAAAACUUUAGUGGCACAUUAAUCCUAAUCCUCCUAAAUCAUUGAGACCACCAUCCCAGCUCAUGUGAUACAGUCUGUCAAACAUUUCUGUUUCUGCUUUUUUCUGUGGAAAACAAGUUGUUCUUCUUCCUAAAGUUGAACUGGCUUUCCUUCUUUUUCCUGGGGUUGUUGCCAACCAAAUUAUUCCCUUCUCUUACUUUCUUUAUUUGUUGCUUCACUUCCACUUCUCCACAACUUGGAAGGUCACAAAGUGAACUUCAAUUUCCUUCCCAUCAUGGCUACUCAGACUCAUGCAUCUGAUCAUGCUUCUAUCACUGAUGAGCAAUAUGUGAAGAACGAAAAGGACGAAGCUAUUGCAGAAAAGAUUGCUUCUUUAGCCAAUGACGAUGAAGACAAACACGACAAGCCUGAAGAUGCACAAAGUCAAGCUACCCCUUCAUCUAAGACAGAAGAAGAUGAAGUGAAGCCUGAGCUUGCUGCAGUUGAGGCCAAAAAAUCUGAUGAUUCUCCAGCAUUAGAGGUUUCUGCUGAAGAUAGUGCGAAACAUGACAAGGUUGAGGAUGCACAAAGUCCAACAAUACCAACAGAAGUAGAUGAUCAGAAGGUUGAACCUGCUGUUGCUGUAGAAAAUACUGAAGAUUCUGUGCCAUUAGAUCCAUCUAUUACAGUUGCAGAUAAUCUGAAGGAGGAGAAGGAACUGGUUCCUGACUCACAGACUAUCAGUGUCACUGAACCAGAACACGAUGAAGUCAAAUGUCAGCCAGAUGAGCCACUGUCUUCAGAAACACCACAGCAGCUAGAGAAGGAACCUUUAGAAACAGAUGAAGAAAAGCAACCUAAGGCAACAGACAUUCCAGAAGCAUUAGAUGAAACCAUUGAAAAAUUAAGCAACAUAGCUGAGGCUAAUCCUGUGACAGAAUCAGAAGCAGAUGUGGUGAAAGAGGCUGAAGUUUUGGAAACAAGUGCCCAAGAGGAAGAGAAGCCUGAGCCUGUCUCUGUGGCUACACAAGUGCAGGAAAAAACAGAAGAACCAGAACCGGAAAAGGAAUUCCUAGAGGCUGAGCAACCAAGCACAAUUGCAGUUCCUGAACCAUCAGCUGAAGCCAAUGAGAAACCACGUGAUACCAUAGAGGAAAAAACAAUUGAACCAUCGACAGAUGUAUCAGAGGAGACCAACAACAAUGAAGCAGGGCCUACAGAAACAGUGGAAGCAGAACCUGAGGUUACUGAAGUUCAGGAAAACCAGAAAGAACCAGAAAAGCAAUCAUUGGUACAAAGGGAAGAGGAGCAACCAGACUCAUCGGCAAUUCCUGAACACUCGGCAGAAACCAGUGAUGCAAUAGAGGAAAAAACCAGAGAACCAGAAAUUGAGGCAGAGGUUUUGAAAGAGACUAACAACUACAAAGCAGGACCUACAGAAACAGAGAUAGCAGAGCCUGCAGUUACAAAGGCUGAUGAAAGCCAAAGUGAACCAGAAAAACAAUCACUCAAAGAAGAGGAAGAAGAGCAGCCAAAGACGGUGGUUAUUCCUGAAACAGAAGCUGAGAUUGCAAAGCAAACAGGAGAUAUAGUUGAGGAUCACCCUCCCAAAGAUUCAGAUAUUGAAGUGGUGAAAGAGAGUGGGAACUCAGAAUCAGCAGCAGUGCCUACAAAUGAAGAGAAACCAGAACCGGUGUCUACUGAAGUGGACGAAAAGCCAAGCGAACUACUACAAUUAUGUGAGGAUGUUGGGAAAACAAGUAAUGACGUGGAUACUGAGCAAGAAACAGUGCUUGAUACUGCCAAGAAUGAAGAAACUUCAGAUGACACAAUCAAAGACUCCAUAUUAUCAUUCAAGGAAGAGAAAAGUAACAAAGAGGAGGAAAGUAGCCUCACAGAAAAUGCUGCACAAGUUUCAUCAAACGGGGAAGCUCAAGCAGCUCCUACAAAUCUUGUGGAACCUUCUUCUGAAGGUGUAGAAAAGGUUGUUGAAGUGGAUGGCAAGAAAGAAUCAAGCUUCACUGAUGUGAUUGAAGGGGUAUCAAAUGAAGCAGGUGUUGUUAUAAAAGAAGAGGAGGUUGUGGAAGAACCCUCCAUUGAUCAAGAAGCUAAAACUGGCCUAAAAGAAGAAAGAGAGUAUUAUGUUCCUGAGGAAAAGGUUGCUGUCGCUGCAAAUGAUGACAAGAAGGAACCUGAAGCAGCUGAUGCUGCCCCUGAAUCCUCAAGAGAGGCAGAGGUUGAAAGCAAAAUAGUUGAAGAGCAGAAUGGAGCAAAGACAGCAACAACUGAAGCAGCAGAGAGUGUGAAGGUAGAGAGUGUAAAAGAUGAUAGCUCAGCAGUUGAUGACAAAAAAGAAGCAGAAGAGAGUGUAAAAGAUGAUAGUUCAACAGUUGAUGACAAGAAAGAAGGGAAUGGUAACACAAAGGUGGAUGAAAUAUCUACAGCUGUAAGUGAACCUAUUAGAGAAACAUUGGCAUCAAAAUUUGAAGAAAAAGAAGAGGAAUCUACUGAAACUGGAGCGGUUAAUUCACAGAAAGAACUUGUGGAGGCUGAGAAAACUGAAGUUCAAGCCACAAAGGAAAGUGAUGCAACAAAAACAGCCAGGGACCUUCCUAAAGAAACUCCGGCCAAGCCAGCUCAAAAGCAAUCAAAUAACAUCAUAUCAAAGGUAAAACAGUCACUAGUUAAAGCAAAGAAAGCUAUCACUGGGAAAUCUCCAUCCUCCAAAAACCUUUCUUCAGAGGCCAAGGGCGAUAUUAAAGUCAAAUAAUGGAAUGAAGUGAACAAGUUUGCAGAAUUUACAUAUUUGUUUUCUUUUUUGUUGUCGUGAUGCAUAGCAUUAUCAUAGCAUACAUGUUGGCUUUUUUUACAUUGUUAUUUUCUAUUGAAUUUGUUUGAACGCAAAGAGGUGUGCAGAGUGCAGUGUAUAUAGAUUAUCUAGGCCAUGCUUAGGCAGUGCUGUAAAAUUUGAUGGUUUUGUUCUGCUUUAUUCUUUUGGAUAUAUGUACUGUGUUCUUGUUUGUUAUGAUAAACGAUGGAAGCAAUUUUAACUUCACCGUGUAAAGUUGACUCGUUUGUACGUUUUAAAAUGACCUCAUGAUGAUUUAGUAUUGAUAGUCUAUCAGAAAUUUGGUUCAAACCUUGUG